CAUUCCUAUUACUAUUACAACUACCAAUCAAAAUAAUUCAACAAAUAAAUUAAAAAACUGCUUACGAAAAAAAUUAAAAUUACUACGAAAUCGCUUAAAACACAGAGACACUACUACACCCAGUUCUUCCUCUACCUCACCCAAAGUUUCACCGUCUAUAAGGCCUAUAGAAUUCGGUGAUAAUGGUGGUUUUAUUAAAGACAAUGAUCUUGAUGAUAUAAUAUUUAUAUCACCUAACGAUAAUGAUGAAUUUUCAUUACCCGACGAUAAGAUUCGUAAAAGAGUUAAUGUUUUAGAUGUUGGCUGUGGAAAAGGAACUUGGAUACUAGACAUGUCAUUGAAGUAUCCAUUUUCAAUUUUCAUAGGAAUUGACAGAUCACCAAUUUUUCCAUCACAAAACAAUAUAAAACAAUUGAACGCGACAUUUUUAUAUUUAAAUUUGUUAGAGAAAGCUAAUGAUGACAUUGGUUAUAUUGAAAUUUGUGAAUGGGAUUUAGUAACAUUUAAUAAUGGACCUGUUACUAAAAAAUUGUUCAAGUCUGUCCAAGAAUAUUUAAUAUCAAUAGGUAUUGAACCAAUUAUCAGCAAAACGCUCGAACAAAUAUUAAAAGAAAAACCCGACGAACUAACAGAUAUUACAAUCCAAAAAAAAUUCUUUCCGAUCGGAAUUUGUGGGUCAUUGAGAAAAGAAAGCGUCAAUAAAAAAUUGCUGUUACGUGCUCAACAAUUAUGUUUACAACAUUUACCUGAAGCUACAAUUGAUAUUGUUGAUUGGAGUCAAAUACCUGUUUAUAAUGGUGAUUUAGAAGCAAAUCCUCCAGAAUCUGUAUUGAAAUUUAAAGAUGAAAUUGCAGAUCGAGAUGCUGUAUUAUUUGCCACUCCAGCUGUCGCAAUAAUGGGAGCAGCACCUGGAGAUGGGCCUGGAGCUUCUGGUACUGGUCGUGCUCAACUUAUAUUGCGUCAAUCUUUUGUUUUUUUUGAUAUGGUGCCAGUUAAUCUACCAACUGUAAUGGUUACUGGAGCUUAUAAAGCAUUCAAAGAGGAUGGUAGUUUGAUUAACGAACGUAUUGAACAAAAUAUUGUCAAAGUGUUGAAAAAUCUUGUAAAAUUGGGUAAAAGUUUAAAAAAUGCAGAAUAA